AUGCAUCCCAAUCUAUAUGAGUUAUCCUUUCUCCUCCUCCAUCUCUACUUUGCCGCCUUCAUUUGCACCACAGGGGCAUCAUCACCAUCUCUUUUUGAUGGCAAUCUUGAGCUCCCGGGAGGUUCCAUUCCAAGCGUGUCACUAGAACACUUAGACCCCACCCUCCCCCCGGCCCUCCCCACCCAGACUCCGCACUGUUCCCAGGUCGUCCUCCAACACGACUUCGCUGACACCGUCGGCCCGAAGCCGGCCUCCGCCAACUAUACUCACCCCUCAGACUGCCCCUUCCCAUGGACGCGCGUCGUCCUCGAGCUCAGCGUCGCCGCCACAGACCUCCAGGAGUCCCGAGUCGCCGCCAUCUGGAUCGACGGCGCCGAGGUCCUCCGCACCGUCACCCCCAUCCCCAUGGCUCGCGGCGCUUUCUGGCGCGUCCACAAGGACGUCACCCGCUACACGGCCCUCCUCCGCCGCCUGGCUGAUGGCGGCGGCGUUAUCUCCAUGAUGCUGGAGAACUCAAACAAGGUCCUUCCCGGCGUCUUCAGCGCCAACGUCUCCCUCCAUUACUUCCGCGGCCCGGUCGACGACAGCGGGUCGAAGUCCAUGUCUAAUGCGGCGCACCUUCCGUUAGAUCCCUUUACCGCGAUCCCGCGGACCUCGUCCUCCCCAUCUCCAAGCCCGACGGGCAAUAUGGAUCCGGAUUUUGGUACCCCAACUGCAGCCAAGGUUUCGGCACCGAGAGCCAACGGCGCGUUUCGGAAGGUCUACGCCACAAUCGACGGGAAGUACGUAGGCGGACACGUUCCCUUUCCGGUCAUCUACUCGAGCGCCAUCAACCCCGUCUUCUGGGCCCCGGUGGCGUCAAUCGGCGCGUUCGACAUGCCGUCCUACGACCUCGACCUGACACCUUUCCUGGCGCUGAUGCUCGACGGGCAGCCCCACGAGAUCGGGCUGGGUGUGUGCAGCGCCCUGCCACACUGGCUCGUGAACGCCAACCUCCACCUCUGGGUCGACUAUUGGUCGGACGCGGUGCAGGCCGGUCCGGUAGAGUAUUUUGUCCCGGCCAUCCAGAUGAACCGCAACGCCGAGUGGCGCAACCCCGACGGCCAGUCCGAGAUCGGGGCCGAGGGGCUCGAACGAUUCGCCGGCUGGGUGAGCUCGUCGAGGGGUAACCUCACCACCGAGGUGCGGCAUAAGAUCAAGGUGAAGAGCCAGGUGCAGGUGCAGAACCGCGGGGCGGUGACCCAGAUCGAUUUCAUCCUCAAGGAGAGGACGAUGGUGACUGUGAUGAGGGGAAACCAGUGGCUCGCCCGGGCGCAGACGGUGAUGGAUGCUCCCUUGCAGGUGCAGACCGCGAUCGUGAACGCGGCGGGCGUGCCGGUGCUGCAGAAGACGCGGUUCUUCCACCAGCUGAUGGAGGCGGUGAGCCUGAGCGAGGGGCAGGCCGGGUCGACGACGACGAGAGAGCUGACCGACCGGCAGGAUGCGGAGGGAUCGGCUGUGGUGGGCGGCGGAUGGGGGAGCGGAAGGAGCCGGUCGUCAUACCAGUACAGGGACGGGAGCAAGUGCUACGCUCGGAACGUGGCCACGGCUGGCGGGGCGGUCAUCCAGGACAGGAAGGCCUCCUGCUUUGCCGUGGCUGAUGAUGCCUGA